AUGGAGGCCACUCCCCAGAACACCACCGACUUCAUCCUCUUGGGCCUCAUUGUCCACCCGGCCCUGCCAGGGCUGAUCUUCGUGGUAGUCUUCUUCAUCUUCGUAGUGGCUGUUACCGCCAAUGUGGCCAUGGUUCUGCUCAUCCGUGCAGACUCCCGCCUCCACACACCCAUGUACUUCCUGCUCAGCCAGCUCUCUGUCAUAGACACUAUCUACAUCUGUGUCACUGUCCCCAAGAUGCUCCAGGACCUGCUGUCUGAGGGGAGGACCAUCUCCUUCCUGGGCUGUGCAUUCCAGAUCUUCUUCUACCUCACUCUGAUUGGAGCAGAGUUCUUCCUGCUGGGCUUCAUGGCCUAUGACCGCUAUGUGGCCGUGUGCAGUCCACUGCGCUACCCAGUGCUCAUGAGCCGCAGGGUCUGUGUGGGCAUGGUACUAGGCUCCUGGCUGGGGGGCUCUCUGGAUGGCUUUCUGCUGACACCCAUCACCAUGAGCUUCCCCUACUGUGCAUCCCGGGAGAUCAAUCAUUUCUUCUGUGAGAUCCCAGCCGUGUUGAGGCUGUCGUGCGUGGACACCUCACUGUACAAGAUGCUAAUGUAUGCAUGCUGCGUGUUGAUGCUGCUGGUCCCCAUCUCCAUCAUCGCAGUCUCCUACACGCGCAUCCUAGUCACUGUGCACCACCUGACCUCAGCCGAUGGCAGGCGUAAAGCCUGGACCACCUGCUCCUCGCACGUCCUGGUGGUGAGCAUUUUCUAUGGGGCAGCCUUCUACACCAAUGUGCUGCCCUACUCCUACCACACCCCCGAGAAGGACAAGGUGGUUUCUGCCUUCUACACCAUGCUCACGCCCAUGCUCAACCCGCUCAUCUACAGCCUGAGGAACAGGGAUGUGACCACAGCUCUGAGGAGAGUGCUCGGGAGGUGGGCCUCGCCCAGAGUCAGGGCCAGGGACAUGCCUAGGAAGAGCUGGUGGUUGACAGCAGCUGGGCUGAUGGAGGGGCCAGUGAUACGGUCCCCUCAGAGUGUGUGUUCUUGGUGA